CGAACCUAUCGAGUCCUUCUGCGUCCCGAUGCGUCCAUGCAGGUCUAUUCAUACCUCCUCACAAUCCUGACAUGUACUGUCCGACCUGAUCUCGGCGCUGUCCUAGAAUAUGCACCAUCCGAUCUGGGACUAUCCGCGGAGUAGAGACGCAAGGCGGGACUUCGUUGAACAGGAGCUGAUUCCUGGGUUGCCGAUCUUGCCUUGUUGCAAUCAUGUCGAUCAACGCCGCCAGGAGUCCUCAGCGCCUAGCGCGAGCUCCUCACUUCAAUAUAUGCGCCUCAAGAUGAACAGACUUGAAGAGAUCUGAUACACGGGCGCUAGGCAGGAAAUACCGCAGGAGGCGAGAUAGAUGCAUGCUACAUCGCACCAGCGUUGUACGACCAAGUUCUGCAUUCUUGAAGCGAAUGAUUCAUCGUAAUCGCGAUUGGAGAUGGCAAGUCACCACAUCACUCACCGACUCGUAUGCAUGUGGUUGCCCAUGUCAAGCAGAGGUGUUGGCGGCCGACCUCAGCUUUUUGCUGCUUGUAUAGCACGAGCACCUUACUGUCCUAGUCACAAAAUU